AUGAGCCUUGCCAAGACCAUGUCUGUGCACAGCUGCACCGAGAGCACGCACGUCACCGACCACAGCGACGUGGAAACUCUGGAGUCGUGCUCUUCACGCCCCCUCUCCCCUUGUAGAGCUCGCACAGCAGGGAUGGACGGCGAAAUAGUUGCCAACGUCGUUGUGAAGGGAUCGUUCCUGGAUUUGGAUGACCAGUGCCUGAUGCGCCAGUACCGGAAGCUGCGGCGCGUGAUGUCUGACAGCAUUCUGGUGGGUGUCUUGGAUGUACCAGAAGUGUACGAACCCGGGAGGUUCAGCAACGAUGUCGAGAAAACACGGCCCAAAGCACAGCAAACACCUCCUGAGCAGGAGAAGCCACCUGUGCCUCAGCCCAAGACUUCAAGGAUCCAGGCGAAAGCCAAGGCAAAAGGCGAGGUCCAAGAAGUUCAGCGCACCACGGUGAUGUUGCGCAACUUGCCCAACAACUACACCCGCGACAUGUUCCUGUCCUUGCUGGACGAAGAGGGCCUCAGUGAGCUCUACGAUUUUGUGUAUCUUCCCAUGGAUUUUUGCCGUGAUGCCAACCUGGGCUACGCGUUUGUGAACUUGGUGAAUGGCGCGGCAGUGGAUCAAGUGUGGAAGACUUUCAACGGCUUCGACCGGUGGGCUUUGCCCACUGCCAAGGUCUGCCAGGUGGGUUGGAGCGGUCCACACCAGGGAUUUCUAGCCCAUGUAGAGCGGUAUCGCAACAGUCCUGUGAUGCACAAGAGCGUGCCAGACUGCUACAAACCAAUGAUCUUCAAGAAUGGCGUGCGGAAACCAUUCCCACGCCCCACCAAGAAGGUCAAAGCGCUUGGCAACGAGGAGUUUCGCAAGGGAGCCUUUGAGGCUGCCUUGGAGAACUAUGCCAUGGCCUUGCAGAACCUUCAGAGGCUGGCCUUCGUAGAAUGCGCCUUGUCUUCACAACUGGCCUCCAACCAGGCACUGUGUUUCCUGAAAUUGGCAAAGUUCCAAGAGGCGGAGGAGAGGGCUUCAGCAGCGUUGGUGGCAGACGCGUCGAACAGCAAAGCUGUCUAUCGACGAGCUUUGGCACGCCUGAAACUGGGCGAACCACGAGCCGCGAUGGAGGAUUUGCAGAAGGCGUCCAGGCUGGAGCCACAGAAUGCUGAGAUUCGACAGAAGCUUGCGGAGGCAAAGGAGUUGGCGGAUGCUGUGCCAAUGAACGAGGCGGAAGUGGCGGUUUGCGCUGCCACCGCCAGUGUCUUGGGGAAGGACGGCGGGUUGUACAAUGAGAAGCCGGACCUGAAUGAAGGAAGACUUGCGGAGUCCCACCAGGAGCAACGCGAGUGGGUACGGAGCAUCGAGAAGUGGAGCGACAUCACCGACGUCUCGUUUGCAGAUGAAGAAAAUAAAAACACCAUCUCCGUCUACAUGGCCCUGCCUGGCAUCCAUGAGAUCGCGGCCAACAAGGUGUGCGUAUGGAUGACCAUGACCAGCCUGGAGGUUCGCAUCAUUGAUUUGCAGGGCACCAAUUGGUGCUACGUCGCACAAGAGUUGUGGGGACAGAUCAAUCCAGAGCGUUCUUCAUGGAAAAUCCGCAAGGACAAACUUUCUCUGAAGCUGGACAAAAGGGAGCCCAAGCAAUUUGCCGCCAGCUUCACUCCCCCCUCUCAUGACGCAGACACUCAGAGGAUGCUUCUCACCCAUUGGAGGCUGGGCUAUGCUCACCUGGAUCUGGGCAAAAUUGAGAAGUCGCAUCGUGCCACUGGAGCUUUGGGGCCGUCGCCAGGGGCGCGGCGCUCCAGCUUGAGUCGUUCGGAAUGGACAAGGGAUGACGCUCGAGAUGAUUUGCAUCUUGCGCUGCGCUGGAGCCCUGCAGCGGGGCUUCCAGGAUUUUGUUUGGUACUGUCAGACCACAAUGCGAUGGCCAAGGAUGCCAUGGGAGCCCCUGCGCUUGCCCAAAGAACGAUCCUAGCAGUUCGGCCAGAUGGAAAACUGGGAUCCAUGGAAGUACCAGUUCGUGGCAUCUCCGUGGAACCGCUCCGCAGCUACUUUGAGCAGCUGCCCGUGGCUGAUGGCAAACUGCUUCUGAACGUGGCCAUCAGCAACCACGAUGGCUUCGAAGAUCUGUAUUUCGUGCGACCCCAGCUGGUGGAGGCAAGCAGCUCUGCAAGCCCAGCUCUUACAAGUGACAUUGUAAGAGCUGGGCUUUCAGAGCUGCUUGCCUGGCUGGAUGACAGGAGCUUUGAUCAUGAAAUUCUGCAAGUGGUGGCGCUGGGAAAAGCACGGGACUUCUGGCGGCAGGCCCUGGACGAGCAAGCGGCUCUGUUUGCAGAGUCACAGCAGUUGCAUGAUGCUGCAGACAGAUGUCGAAUGACUGGUGUAGAAGUGGCCACCUGCUGGCGAGACGGAGAAACACGCCUUGGGGCGUCCGGUGCGAUUGCCACGGAGCUGCGGACCCUGCGGCGUGAGGAGGGCCUUGAUCUGCCGGCAGCGCCGGCAGCGCCGCCAUUGCCCGCUCCGGCAACGGCGGAGAAGGAGGUGUCGAAGGAGGUGCCAACACAGCUGGACGAGGAGUUGGCAGUCUUGGAAUCUGUCACAUCGCUACCUGGGUCCAUGAGGACAUCGCUUGCGACCGAGACCAUUCCGCUUGACUCUGUCCAGGUCACACCAGGAGGAGCCGAGGCCAAUGGGGCUGGCGAGGCGGUCGCUGCAUGGGAGUCUCCAGCUGUGGUGCCAGAGGUGGGGCUCACUGGAGUUUGCCCAGAGGGUUGCUGUGCUGAAGAUUUUGCGGAUGUUUCCUUGGUGACUUUUCCAGAAGCUGUGGAAGUUCUGUUGGAACAGUCGCAGCUCGAUGCUGGAUGUGAAACUGUGGAGGAUCAGAACCCACUGAGCUGCGGUGCGCAGGACCGUAACGAGGUGCCAACGGAUCGAUGUGAAGAAGGCACACAGCACCUGCAGGAGACAGUUCUUUUGGAAGGCCGUGAGCAAGGCCGCGGUUGCCAGGAGUCUCAGGAGGAACAAAGCCCCGCCAACUCGGCCGUGCCAUCGUUGAGCGGCUACCAGGCAGCUGCGGCUGAAAAGCCAGCCACGCCAGCAGCUCCGGCCCCACCGGUGCUUACAGCCGAGGACGAAGCUGUGACAGGGCUGCGGCGCCGUGGUGGCGUGGAGGUGGUGAUUGAUUCACCCGUUGGUGAGCGCGAGACCGCCUUCAGGCCAGACAGCCCUGGAUGGAAAUGGGGUGGAGACGGUAUCGGUGGAGAUUGGGAAAUGUGUGCUUCUGCCGAGCCGCCUUUGAGUGGCAGAAGGCCCCCCAAGGCUGUGCGAGCUGCAACGCCUGCGGGGACAACUGAGGAGAAUGACAAGUUGAUUUGCCGUGGUCAGAAAGCUGGUACACCAGUGCGGCGGCGACACAGCGCCCAUAAGGCGGUGCCGCACGCGGUGGAACCGCGACGAAGUUCGUCUCUGAUGGGGCGACGCCCCGGCAGCGUUGGGAUGCAAUCGAACCGGAAGCUGGUGCGAAACGCCCUGGAGCAUUGCCUCAAGGGCGACGCAAAUCGUGAACAGCGAGAGCAAGUGCUGAAGUCCUUUGAUGAGGAGUUGGUGGAGUAUGAACGCUUCAUCCUCCUCUUCCGGAGCAUCCACACUGGUCGGCACGACUUGCGUGCUUUGUAUGGCUUCUCGGAGGGCACGUGGACACGACUGCUGCAGCUGCUGCCCUCUCCAGCGUCCUUGGAAGAAAGGAUGGUUACUCAGUGCCUCAGAUACGAUUCUGGUGGCAAGGACUGCGCCCUGGAUCCUGCAACGAACUGUCGGGUGAAUUCAAGGAAGUGCCUGCAUCGCAAGAGACGCUGUCUGUUGCCGAUGCGGUCCGUGCCUCAAUCCCUGGACGCUGGACCUUUGGCUCCUUUGGCUCUCAGCCCAAUCACGUCUCUUACGUCGCUUGGCGCAGCCAGCUGGCGCGCCGCGUUAUACUACCACGAUCGCCGCCCACCCUCAGGCGGGAUUACCCCUGAUCAAGUGUUUUAUCCAGACCUUGCUGCAUUCUCAGCUGUUCCAGACAUCUCCUAA